AUACAACUCAAAUACAAACACACAAAACAUUUGCCUUGAAUUAGUUAAUAGAAUUCUUGAUCAACAAAACGUGUGGUUAACACUUUAUAGUCUAACCAUAUUAAAUGCUUCAAAUGUGUAGCCAAAUUAUACGUGGAAUGAAACGUGAACAAACUCAAUCUUUGUUGUACAUGCAAGCAUAGCUGAUUUAGGCAUAUAAAUCUUCAUUCUCAGUCCAUAUAUUCCUACAUGGAAAGUCACUCAUGGAGGUGUCUAUGAUGUUAAGGAGUGCUUGUUUAGCCAUAUUAGUUCUGUGGACAUUGUGGUCUCCUUUGAGGGCCAAUUCAGAGCCAUACAAGCCCCAAGUAAGUCGACGCAGUGAAGAAGCUGUGAAAGAGAGUUUCGAUAGGUGGAUAAUACAAAAUGCACGAAAGUACAAAAAUGAUGCAGAGAGGGAACUUCGUUAUUUGAUUUACAAUGUGAAUCUUAUGCUCAUUGACCAAGUGAAUUCUCUAGACCUUCCUUACAAACUUGCAGACAAUAAAUACGCAGAUAUGACAAACGUCGAGUUUCAAGAGCUCUUCUUGGGUUUUAAACCAUUACCGGAUAUCCAAACAAGCUUUAGAUAUGGGGAUGGUUUGAAUUUGCCAGAGCAAGUGGAUUGGAGAAAGAAUGGCUCUGUUACUCCAGUCAAGGAUCAAGGCCAAUGUGGAAGUUGUUGGGCAUUUUCUUCAGUAGCAGCUGUUGAAGGCAUCAACCACAUCAAAACUGGGAAAUUGGUGUCUUUAUCGGAACAGCAGCUAAUGGAUUGCGAUGUUACCUCAGGGAACCUUGGCUGCAGAGGUGGAUUCAUGGACAAAGCAUUUGAAUAUAUCGAAAGGAAUGGACUCACCACAGAGAAAAAUUAUCCUUACAAAGGACAUGAUGGCCUGUGCAAACGCGAAAAGGUAAAAAAUAGAAAAGUGACAAUAAGUGGUUACGAAAGAGUACCUGCCAAUGAUGAAGGAAAACUACAAACUGCAGCCGCUCACCAACCUAUCUCUGUUGCAAUUGAUGCUGCUAGUUCUGAAUUUCAACUCUAUUCCCAUGGUGUCUUCACCGGACAAUGUGGAACCGACCUUAAUCAUGGUGUAACACUAGUAGGAUAUGGUGAAGAGAAUGGCUCCAAGUAUUGGCUUGUGAAGAAUUCAUGGGGAACUAACUGGGGUGAAUCUGGUUACAUAAAGAUGAAACGUGAUUCCACAAAUAAGAGAGGUCAAUGUGGUAUUGCCAUGGAAGCCAGCUACCCUUUGAAGGAUUAAAACUUGAUGAAUUAUUAGUGGAUGUUGAAUAAAAAUUAUAAUAAACGUAAUUCUAUCAGAUGUUACUAAUGACAACAGCAAAUGGUUAUGUUGUGCUA